CGUCACAUCACAAUUUCUUCCCCAAAUUUUUCGGAGGCCUGUCCACCACCACCACCCUGCGCGCGAGGCCGAGCUCACCCCGAUCCAGAUCCACCCCCUCCCUCCCUCCCUCCCUCCGCUCUCCGGCGACCGCCCUCCUCCUCCUCCUCCUCCUCCUCACGCGCAGUGAGCAUCCACCCGCCUCUUCUCUCGUCGCGUCGGGUAGGAUCGGGGCGGCGCCGGCCAGGCCAGGCGGCGGCGGCGGCGGCGGCGGCGGGCAGCAGGCAGCAGGCAUGAAGCGGGUGUCGUCGCACGUCUCGAUGGCCUCGGAGGCGGAGAUCAACCUCGAUCUGUCGCGCCUCAUCAUCGACAGGCCGCAGCGCUUCACGCUGGAGCGCAAGCGCUCCUUCGACGAGCAGUCGUGGAGUGAGCUCUCCCACUCCCACUCCCACCGCAACAACGACGGGUUCGACAGCGUGCUGCAGUCGCCCGCAUUCCCGUCCGCCGGCGGGUUCGACUCGCCUUUCUCCAUCGGCACGCAUUUCGGCGGCGGCGGCCCGCACCCGCUCGUCAACGAGGCCUGGGAGGCGCUCAGGAAAUCGGUCGUCUACUUCCGGGAACAGCCCGUUGGGACCAUCGCGGCCGUGGAUCAUGCGUCCGAGGAAGUGCUCAACUAUGAUCAGGUUUUUGUGAGGGAUUUCGUUCCGAGCGCAUUGGCUUUUCUGAUGAACAAUGAGACUGACAUAGUGAAGAACUUUCUCUUGAAAACUCUCCACCUUCAGAGCUCUGAGAAAAUGGUAGACCGGUUCAAGCUUGGGGCAGGAGCGAUGCCUGCAAGUUUCAAGGUGGACCGUAACAAAAACAGAAACACUGAAACCUUAGUUGCUGAUUUUGGUGAGAGUGCGAUAGGCAGGGUGGCACCGGUCGACUCUGGAUUUUGGUGGAUCAUUCUCCUUCGGGCUUAUACAAAGUACACCGGAGAUGUUAGUUUGUCGGAAUCACCUGAUUGCCAGAAGUGCAUGAGGUUGAUACUGAAUCUCUGCUUAUCUGAAGGAUUUGAUACUUUUCCAACUCUGCUUUGCACAGAUGGCUGCUCAAUGAUUGAUCGUCGAAUGGGUAUAUAUGGUUAUCCCAUCGAGAUCCAAGCCCUAUUCUAUAUGGCAUUAAGAUGUGCUCUCCAAAUGCUCAAGCCAGAGGGCGAAGGGAAGGAUUUCAUAGAGAAGAUAGGGCAACGGCUUCAUGCACUAACCUACCACAUGAGGAAUUACUUCUGGCUAGAUUUUCACCAGCUGAAUAACAUAUACAGAUACAAAACAGAAGAGUAUUCCCACACAGCCGUGAACAAGUUUAAUGUCAUUCCGGAUUCCAUUCCUGAUUGGGUGUUUGAUUUCAUGCCAUGCCGAGGAGGCUACUUUCUUGGCAACGUCAGCCCUGCUAUGAUGGAUUUCCGGUGGUUUGCCCUUGGCAAUUGCAUUGCCAUUGUAUCAUCUCUAGCUACCCCAGAACAGUCAGUUGCAAUAAUGGAUCUGAUUGAGGAAAAGUGGGAUGAGCUAGUUGGUGAGAUGCCUCUGAAGAUUUGCUAUCCCGCUCUUGAGAAUCAUGAGUGGAGAAUUAUCACUGGAUGUGACCCUAAGAACACCCGAUGGAGUUAUCACAAUGGAGGAUCAUGGCCAGUUCUUCUGUGGCUGCUUACAGCAGCCUGCAUCAAGACUGGUCGGCCACAGAUGGCAAAACGUGCCAUUGAGCUUGCUGAGUCGAGGCUGCUCAAGGACGGCUGGCCUGAGUACUACGAUGGCAAGCUAGGAAGAUUCGUUGGUAAGCAGGCCAGGAAGUUCCAAACCUGGUCCAUUGCCGGUUACCUCGUCGCCCGCAUGAUGCUGGAGGACCCAUCGACACUGAUGAUGAUCUCCAUGGAGGAGGACCGGCCUGUGAAGCCGACCAUGCGGCGGUCAGCAUCAUGGAAUGCCUGAAUGCGUGGAUAGCUGUUUCUGAAUCAAGGAAAUUCAGAAUCAAAGGUUUAUACGGAUUUGUGAUUUGUUCAGAACACAAAAGUUGAACGCUGAUGUGAUUUGUUGGGACCACAAAAGUUCAACGUUGAUUAUAGUUGAACUCUGUCAAAUAGGACAGAAAGUGUAUACCAUGCAUAGAGGAUCAUAGGAGUUACACAAGAUUUUGCCACACCUUUUUUGUUUUUGUUUCAGAACAAUACUCAGGAUCCUGUUCAGUUGAAACCUUGAUUUUGGAAUAACAAAUCACUGUUUAUGCAUACAUUUCUCUUU